AUGGACUUGUUUUCCCCUCUCCUCGGCAGGCAACUGAGGUUCUAUACUCGCUUUCUAGCUCCGUGUACAACAAUCGAACCAGGCCACAUCGGUAACAUCGGCCUGAAUCACCUCCCGGACGAGAUCCUCAUGUGCAUCAUUCACGAUAUCUACGGAGGAACUGAUAAGAGCUCUUUGUUCGCAUUCUUUUCCCUACGCCAAGUCUCCCAACGGUUUAGACGCCUGACUCAAGAUGACGCCUUUGACUCACACCUCUUCUCAGACAAGGAUUGCUGUGAACAGUGUGUCAGCUUCUCUGGAGUUUGGGCAGGUCGAUCUGCCACUCUAACGAAUAUCGAUCUCCCCUUGACUAGAGAAAAACACUGCUUCGGUUACAAGGCCAAGAAGAGAGGUGUAUGGUUGAAGGGACUGGGAGACCUCGUCAGAAAGGGAAAGACAUGUUCCACGUGCCAGGAGGGUUUUGAUGCUAGGAAGAGAACAGGCGCCUCCCUGAAAUGCAAGUUUGCCCCCCGACACCAUCUUGACUGGGGUUUCUGCAUGAGUUGCCUAGUUUUUCAUCCUCGGGUAUGCUUUUCGGCCGGCAAGUUCGAAUGUCUUGCCAAAACGGGCUACAUUCGGCUUUGUGAGCACAAAGUCAUCGAUUGGUAUUCUGUCCAGCAAUUUGUCAACGGCCCGAAUUCAUCCCCAAACAAGAGUCAGAAAUUCGAAAUCACGAGGUGCGAAGAUCCGAGUCAUUAUAGUUCUUGCAGUAAUGGACUCGGCGGGCCAAAGGCCGAGAUGAUCACAUAUGCAACAGGUGGGGGCUUGUUGUUGUUCACAUUCACCGGUAACUCGGAUCCAGAUCUGGCGCCAGAUCAAGGCAUCUGCGACAUUUCUUACGGUAUGAACUACGAAACUGGAACAAUGACUCUCCCAAUGAGAGUUAUUGAGGAAGCCAUUCGAUCGGUCCGAGAGAAAAGCGGGAAGCACUUUGCACCAGAACGUAUAUCGGGAGUCUUACCCGAGUUAAGUGGUCUCAACCUUGAAGACGUCAACACUGAUUCCCCAUCCGAAGAUCACCCUGUCAAAGUCAUACAUCCAAAAGGCGCAAAGCCACAAAUAAGUCGCUCAUCUUUACUACACGAUCAUCCGACCCAAGACAGCGUGCGGAUCACAGCUGAACCCUGUACCCAUCCAGGCUCCAUGGCCAACCAUUCUUGCAUCACAGUUCGCUACCAGCGAAGUAUACGCGUCGGAUGGCCGCAGAUAUCAGGACAACUCCAAGAUGAGAAUCUGCCGAGCCACGAUUGGUUUCAUGCAAUAAGCAGGGAGUCAUACACUUACAGGGGCUCCUCUGGUGUUGCUGAGACAUGCCACGAUAAAGGCUGUCGGAACUACUACGCGAUAUCAAGUAGCCGGUUACAUUCCGCAGCCUCAGAAGUCGAACUAUCAAGACAAAUUACGCCAGGGAUAAUGACAGCGGCAGAUAUGCGCUUAGGCAGUAUGUUCCGGUAG